UUCUGCAAAUGAAAACUGACACAAACUGUUUGACCUUGUUCACCUGAGAUCUCAGACAAAGAUAUGUCAAGUCCUCAUCAGAAAGUUGUUUAAUGUUGAUGAUGAAGUAUGAAAAUUACAUCCUGCUGAAUUCUGUCAGCAGCUAAGAUACCUUUUUGCCUGUGAAGAAUUUGUCUUGAGAAGCAGCGUCAGGAAGACCAAAGUCCUGUUCUGGGAUGUUGCUCUGACUCUCGUCUAUUGGCAUUGACCAUGCCAAGUUGGAGGUUGUUGCAAGCUUCAUGUCCCCAGGCUUCACAAUCACUGGCAAUCAGCCACUUGUUGCUGAAAUCAAUAGACUCUUCCUAAAUAAUGUCAUUGUUCAGUCCAAACUGAGUAAGAGGGUUGGAAACACCGGUGACAUAACUGUGAUCAUCAAUCUGCAACUCUGCCAAGUGUGGUUCUCAGUGGUUUUCUGUAUACUGGUGAGAUUUGGACAACAUGUGCUUGGUGGGAGAAAAGGUGAGCCAGAGAGAAAAUAGAAGAGGGAAAACACGUGCACAUGAUAAGGGGAGGGCUCUGCAGGCCUUUUUAAAUGAGCUGGCAGCUCUUCAGUUACAAACAGAAGCCAAUGAUAUGGAUCUCAGCACAAAUCCUUCAAAUGUUCCAAACAAUGCAAUGCUACUUGUGAAUGUAAGACCACGUGUGACUCGCAUCACUUCACGCAACAGAGUUAUGGUUUUGCGUCUGGCAGGAGGAGAAGGAUCCCAUGAGAUUGCUUCAGAGCUCACCAUGGCCUUACUGCCUCGGAAGAAGAGGCGGAAAGAUCCAGCUCUUCCUGGUACCUCAAACUCCAGGGAUGGGGAUGGCCCUGUUGUGGUGGCAAAGUUCUCUGAAGUUGGUAUAUUUUUGGUGGAGAGGAAAAUGGGCUCAAGCAGGAGAAACUUCCUCACACAGCUUGCUCAGAAAAAGGGAUUUCGAGUGGAGGAGCAGAUGAGUGAAUCCGUGACUCAUGUUGUGUCUGAGAAUAACUCGGGUGAUGAAGUGUUCGAAUUGCUGGCGAAACAGAGUGGAAUUUGCAGAGCGGCCUUGAUAGAUAUUACAUGGUUCACUGAAAGUAUGGCAGCAGGCAAACCCUUGGAAAUAGAAAAUCGUCAUCGGCUUCAGGUGAACAGAACUGCUGAUUGUAGUGCCACUGAUAUUCCUGUUUCGCAGUAUGCCUGUCAAAGAAGGACAACACUGAAUAAUAGAAAUAAUUUAUUUACGGAUGCUUUGAAGAUACUUGCAGAAAAUGCAGAGUUAUGUGAAAAUGAAGGACGGAACCUGGCAUUCGCAAGAGCAUCUUCUAUUCUAAAAUCAUUGCCAUAUCGUGUAACCAAAAUGGAUGAUCUCCAAGGAAUUCCCAGUCUUGGGGAACAUUCCAAAAAGGUGAUUAAGGAAAUCCUUGAAGAUGGAAACUGCGGGGAAGUUGAGAAGUUAAUCCAAAAUGAAAGAUAUCAAACACUAAAGCGAUUUACCAGCAUCUUUGGCGUUGGUGUGAAGACAGCUGAUAAGUGGUAUAGAGAGGGACUGCGAACGCUGCAUGAACUGAAAGCAUCAAAAAUAAAACUCACUAAAGAACAAGAAGCAGGCUUACUCUAUUAUGAAGACCUCAUUGUCCCAGUCACAAUGGCUGAGGCAGAUUCAAUCAGGAAAAUUGUUGAAGAAGCUGUACACAGAUUUCUACCUGCUGCAGUUAUCAAGUUAACUGGUGGCUUUCGAAGAGGAAAGGAGUCUGGCCAUGAUGUUGACCUUCUGAUAACUCACCAAGAUGAAGGCAAGGAACAGGGUCUUCUUCACCAAGUGAUUAAUUGGAUGGCUGUCCAGGGUAUGAUCUUGUAUGAUGACAUCACAGACAACAGGGACCAAAAGUGGAAGACCAAGGAGCCGGAGAUAUUUGAUCAUUUUGCAAAGUGUUAUUUAAUCUUCAAACUGCAGAAGGAUAUGGUAAAUGUUGUUGACCUGAACACGUCAGGUGAUCAUGACUCUUUGGCUGUGAAUGAGGCAAAGGAGAUGGGACUUGGUGGCCAAGCAGGAACAUAUGAGCAUGCAAGUUGUGCUGCAGUGAAGGAUAAAGACUGGAAGGCUAUCAGAGUGGAUCUGGUCAUUGCACCCUUCAGCCAGUAUGCCUAUGCCUUAUUAGGAUGGACAGGUUCUAGGUUGUUUGAACGAGACCUACGCAGAUACGCCAAGCACUUCAAGCAUAUGAGUUUGAGCAGCCAUUCUUUGUUUGAUAAUGAACAGAAAAGGUUUUUGAUGGCUGCUACAGAAGAAGAGAUUUUUGCACAUUUAGGAUUGGAUUACAUACCACCUCAGGAAAGGAAUGCAUGAUGUGCUGAAUUCAACUCAUCAGACUAUGGGGAAGAAACAGUGAGGACACCUUCAAUGAUCCUUCUCACAAAAUGUAUGUUGCAUUUUUAUAACUGGAUAUCUAACACCACGUAAAAAAUUGGCCAUUCACCAGUGUUUGAUUUUGUUUGGCUAGCACGUAUCUCCUGUCUGAUAUAUUGUAGAAUUGGUAAGUUCUGUGUUAAUCAAUUUACCAGCCUGUGAAAUGUUUCUGUUAUGCAUUCACAUACUUAGCUGUUGGUUCAACUGAUGAAUUCUCUUUGAGUGGGAACCUCUGUUUUUAUGAGUCAGGAGGUUGUCAAGCCACAUCCCACUCCACUGACUUGAGCACAGAAUCUUAGCUGAAACACAGGGAGGUGUUACACCUGUCAGAGCUGCUGUUUUUUGAGAUGAGAAUUUAUGUAUCUGCCGUUCAGGUGUAUGAUAAAAAUCUCCAAGUUUGAAAAAUAAGACAAGCUUUUCCUGGUGCCGUUGUCAAUCUUUGUCCGAAAUCAAGAAUGCUGAAUAAAAUCAACAUCUGAGCUUG